AUGGUGGGACUCGAGCGUAAUGACAACAUUGAUAUUGCUGUGGUCAGUCGUGGACAUAUCAGCAAACCUAAGUCAGGAAGCUACGCCAUUAUUGAUAUAAAUGGCAAAGAUCACUCAAAAAAUACUCGUGGCUUCAACAUCGUCGUUGUUAACGGCAAAAAUGGGAAGGUCGAAGAGUCACGUUCAUUUGACACACAUCACUUAGUAGAGGAAGUACAUUACAUGACAGCAUUCCUUAACGAUCUCUCUACCAAACCAAACAAAAUCAUUAUCGCCGCUAUUAAAGAUGAAGGUCGAAGAAAAUUGACAACGGAAGCAUUCAAUGCUCUUUCGACGAUAACCGGAGUGGCUGGUAUAUCAUCAAAGCUUGCGUAUAGAGGCUCGUUGUCAAUGAUUGGAUUUUCGGAAGCCAAAAAGCCUUCGUUUGUAAACCUGCUACAUUUCGCUGAACCACAGGCUCAGCCAUGUUUAGUUUGUGGAGAUGUUGUAUUGAGAAUAUGGUCGUUGAUGAGUCGUGCAGGCGAUAGAUAUCUACGAAUAACAAAUAAUAAUGCCGAUAACAACGUAAAUCACAGAAAAGUCGAUUGUUCAGGCGGAGUGCAAAGUGAUAAACUAACAACUUUGUUACUAACACGUGACAUACCCAAUAUCGUUGGAGUAAGAAUUCAAUUGGUUUUUGCCAGCGGCGGCAACCGUUAUCAUCUUUAUGCACCUUCAGCUGAAGGAGAACUCUUGGCAAUGCCAGCGAGUGACGGCGAAAAGGAGACAGACCACCGAAAUACGUUCGCACCAGAAAGACUCUUGUACGAGCACCGAUUGUUUACAGUUUAUCAAUCCGUGAAGUUCAAAGGUCACUAUUUAUCUUGUGAUGGAAAUGGAAAAGCAACUUUGAAAAAAAUCAUAAACCAGGCUCAUAGGGAACCAACUCAACUAUUUAUUACUAUUGAUCCGGGAAAUGCUAUCAGGGGAGUUGCUUUUGGUAAUGCUGCCGCUCGAAGAAAACGCGAACUCUCGAGCUCGUCGUUCGAAGACGCCAACCCUGACGCUCAGAGGCAAAAGUCAAAAGGCCAAGGCAAAAGGCCACCUCCUCGAUUGAAUCAAUACAAAUUCUGGCACAUUCGCAAGCACUUACCACACAUUUUUUUCAGGAAGCCACAACCAUAUCCUGUAUACCCGAUCACAACUAAGAAACCAGACGUCACUACUCAGGCCCCCUCAGAAUACAGUUCUCUCUCUACGGACUUUAAUCUUCCACUUAACAUAACCUUCGUUCUAUGUUUCUGGAUAAAGACGAAAACCCGAAAUGCCCAACUUAUUUCAGUAACGGAAAAAAAUCAAAUGCAAACGCCUACACAGAAUCCGAAAACCAAAACCAAAGAGCAGAAAGUUAUUCCGAGAUGGUUUCGAAAACCAACUCCGAGACCUACGCCAACUCAGAAGAAAGCGACGGAAAAACCAAAGAACGUCAUCAACGUAAGCCUCAUGAGCGGAAUGUUGAGACUUGAAAUUGGUAAUCAACACACAACAAGAACGGUUACCAACUGCGAUGUAAGUGACGGCAAAUUUCACCAAAUCUGCAUUUCUCUAAACCCAAAAUACUUGCUUGAGGUAUACCAGGACAGCAAAGUGCUACUUACAGACAGCCUGCCCAAUGUCGCUUGUGACUUCGAAAAUCAGAACAACCUAAAAAGGCGACCAGGUUCUUUAAUGCUUGGGCGAACUCGAGGAAUGGCCGGCGAGAGGUUUGACGGUAGCCUGUUCCAGGUAAAUUUCUGGGAUCAAUAUCCUUCAUUUAGAAUUAAAAGAAUCGCAACCAAUUGCGCAUGCGGUGGUGGAAACUUGGUCAGUUGGAACGACUUGCUAAAAGGAAGUAUGUCGGAUGUCGAUUUGGAUAACGAUUCCCAAUGUCCUAAACUGGAGGGCUAUAAUUAUGACGAACUUACACAAAAUAGAUUGAUAUAAUUUUACAUGAUAACUGACAUAAAACCUCCGUUAAUUUAAUGAAAUUAAUAUUAAGUAAACGUUGUAUAAUUAUAUUAAGUGUAGAUUACAGCCAUACUGAACUGGAAAGAGGUUGAAACAUUUAGACAAGAACAGAAUGUAUUAGUUUGAAUUCUUCCAGGUGAUGAAACUUUCGUAUGAAUCGUGGCAAAAAGGGAUUUAAAACAAUCGCCAAACAUGGUUUGUGGUUAAAUAUAGCUCUUGCUUACCCAUAUUUACGCCAAAAUAUUUGUUCAGUCAGUGUUCAUUAAUCUUUAACGUAUGCAUU